AUGUUUGCCAUUGAAGUGGAAGUAGCAAUAGAAGAUGCAGUUUGUGAACAACAAUUAAAUUUAGAUGAAACAAAAAAGUUGAUUUUCAAGAAUUUGAGACAAGAAGAAUUACCACAUGCUGCCGAUGUGAAAUUAGUCGAAAAUUGUUUUAUUAAAGUUCUUGUGGAUUGUGCACGUGUUGAAUUCGAAGACAUGGUCAAUAAAUGCUGCAACGACAAGAAUUUUGUAGACAAGUUUACUCGCCGUUCGGAUCAAAUUUUUACGUUGAAUGAUUUAUUGGGUUUAUAUCAAGCAGGAUCUUAUGUCAUUCAACUUGAAUUAUAUUCGAAUUUGAUUGAAGAAUAUGAUUUGGCAAAUUUUAUUGCAAAUUUGAAGGCUUAUACAUGGGAAAAGAUUCUAGAAAAAUCCAAGGAUGGAAAUAUGGAGUUAGAAGUACUGCAAUGUCUUAUUGGCUGCUUUCAGACAAAUGUAAUUUCGCCCAUCGUCUAUGAAAAAUUGGUAGAAUUCAAACAGAAUUGUGCAUCGCAAUCGGUCACUGGUAGUUAUUUAAAGAAGCUCAUGAAUGGGAUAAAAUUGGAGAGUAAUUCGCCUCGACAACUUCAAAGAUUUCUGGAGUCGGUCAAGUCUUUAAAACCUGAUCAUCUCUUUCUUGAAAAUCAAUUAUUGCAACUUAUUGGCUUCUAUUUAAAACCUGUUGAAAUAAUGAUCAAGCACAUUGGAAACCGAUCGAUACUUGAGAUUAUUGGCGGUAUAGUUUAUAUGUCAAAGCAACUACCAGAAAUUGAAUAUAAGCUAUUUAAUAACAUACAAAAAAACAAUUUAAUCGAUGAACUUCGUUUUAUUGCUGUACACAUGUUGGACAUCGAUUGUGAUUUGGAAAAUUCUCAUUGGCAUGGAUUUAAUAUAUUCAUUAUGGCUGCCAACGUGAAUGUCUCUAAGAAUUGCAAAUGGGAUCUUUCAGGUUUAAAUUCUGGAAAAUGUUACACCAAAGCAAAAAAUGGCAAUUCAUGUGUUAAAGAUGGUGAAGACGGUAUCGAUGGAUACUCAGGUGAAAGCAGUGGAAAUGUGAUGAUCAUAGCUGAUAAAAUGCUGAAUGCCGAGCGCUUAACAGUGAUUUUGAACGGCGGCAGUGGAUCUAAUGGACAAGAUGGUGGUGAUGGGGCUAAUGGAACAAAUGGCACAGGAAUUUCCAUGAAAGAAUUGAAGGAGAAAUUUCCAAGUCCUGUGCGUUUUUGGGGAAGAUUUCAUAAUUUAUGGGACGUAUAUAAUGAAAUUUGCCGAAUGGGACAGCCGGAUCCAAACUGGACGAAAGAAAACAAUUGUUAUGCUAAACUGAAAUUAAGCAACGGCCAAGAAAUCACUCAUUCGGCAAGUAGAUACAUUUCUGGUAAUUGCUAUCUUUUGUACAAGGGCAGUAAAGGACAACCUGGUGGACGAGGUGGAUUGAAUGGAUUAGGUGGAGAAGGUGCGUUUCAAGGUGAAUGCAUAGCGAUAUCAAGACAAAAUGAACGAUUUCCUAUCAACGUCCAGGCCACGAAAGGUUGUGAUGGACAGAAUGGUAAGCCUGGACGAACUGGUGAAUAUGGCAAAAAUGGAUGGGAUGUGGGUUAUACAGACUAUCAAUUUUGGUCGCAGCCUAUCGAACUCGGUACAAAUCAAAACCAAUGUUUAACUAUAACCUAUUCGUCUGAUAGUUCUGAUCGAGUUUACUGUGGGUACCGUUAUGAUGCAUGUGGAUCAUUAAUGUGCUAUGCAACUAUUAAAGAAUCACUUCUUAAACAUCGUAAACUAGCUGAAAGUGAAAAGCUGCGCACAACAACGAAUGAACGUCAACGACAUCAUGAAGCUACUGCAACACGUAAAAGUGCCAUGCAGAAAGGUGUUAUGGAAAAAAAUUAUGGACAGUAUUUCGAAAAAGAAGACAAGUUGGUUAACGGAAUCUCUCAAAUGCAUGCUGAAGCCACUAUGACUUUUGAUCUUAUGCAACGAAAAGCAAAGACAGCAUUGGAAGAAGUCGAAAACCUUAAAGAGCGUUCGCGUGAAAAAGUCAGUCGAUAUCAAAUUUAUGAAGGUGAAAAGGAAGUAAAGAAGAUAACUGUGAAAACUAGAGAAACAAGCAAUACACUUCGUCAACAGCAGAAGUCACAGAUUCUGUUUGCGAUCGAAAACACUCAAAAUAAAGACAUGAACUGGAACGAAUUAUUUAAAGAAGAAUUUUCAGAAGAUGAAUUACGACAGGUGGAAAACAAAUUUAAUAUUUAUGAAAGCAAUCAAAAAAUUGAAACAGUGGAAAUUGGUCGAAUGCGACAAAAAAUCGGACUUGCGAAAUUUCAUAAGAUUACCGUAAUCGAUUAUUUACCUGCAAAUACCAGUGAGAUCGUUCAACACUAUGAUUUUCACUCUGGAAAAUAUCUUAAAUUCAGUAAUCAGUCAAAUUCCAACAUAAAAAAGAUUCUAGAAUUCGAGGAUGAAACCGAUCGAAAUCAAUGUAUUCAAAAUGCUUUCGAUGAUCUACGUCAUUAUGAAUUAUCUACUGAUAAUUUAACCAUCAUAAAGAAAUAUUAUGACGAUUUGUCUUCUAUAAAAGUUGGUGAUGCAACUCUAAAAGAUUAUUUAGAAAGUUUGGAUACAGGAGACGAUCGAACAUUUGAAAAAACAACCGAGAAAUUAGCCAAACUAAGAAAAAAUCAAAACGAAUGGACAAAUUUUUCGAAUCGAUUGAAAAUUUUAGAGAAAGAUGUGAAGAAUAUUCCACAAUUGAACAAUCAUCUUUCCAUUGUUAACGCAAAAGUACCUGACGACAAUGGACAUUUACUGAAAUACUUGAUCGAUCUCUUUAAUCAACUGCGUUCCCUCAUGAUUGCCAAUGACACAUUGGCAAAAUUACUCGAAUUACUCGUCAUAGAUUAUAAAGAAUCUCAAAAUGAACAUGUUCGUUUUCAACAAUGUCUGGUACUACAGAAAAAUUUCAUUGACAAAAAUCAAAAAUCAAUGGAUAACAUUUUGAAAACAGUUCAAUUUCUAUCAGAACGACCUCUAAAAGCAAGUUGGCAAAAGUUUCAUGAAUAUCCAAACUUUAUGACAACUAAGACUGUUAAAGAUAUUCAAGAACAAAAACUGAACAUUGAUAAAAAACUUUUGACGAAAUUGUACCAUAUUUACUUGAUUAAACAAAAUGAAACAAUCAAAUGGCACAAAUAUAUUGACAAUGGAAUAUUAAAAAUAUGUCUAGACAAAAUCAAGUCAAAUACAUCAAACGUUUGUCCAGCACUUCUUGAACUAUUAGCUUGGAAACAUCAACUCAAUAUCAAAGUCUAUGCCCAAACUGAUCCCGGACAAUUUAUUUAUGUUCGAGACCAUUUCAACAGUGGUAAACAAAUCGAACAUGUUUUAAUUCGAGAAGAUCAAACGAUUGAACACUUAGUAAUUGAUCAAAAAUUUAUUGAAUUGAACAUUGUGCGAAGAACAUUACUCUUAAAAUUUCAAUCAGAACGACAAGAUAAAAAAUAUUUCCCAUUCAAUGAUGAAGAACAUAUGAAUGACAACUUUAGAAUCCAUGAGCUAUGCAAGUUUUUUAACGACAAUGAUCGGGAUGAAUUAGAAGAUCGUUUAAACAAACUGUCGGCAGAAUAUAUAAGUAAGAAUUCAAUACUCGCAUCUCUACUUUACUGUUUCACAUGUAAUGGAUGCCAUCUCAAGGCAAGUGAAAUAUUUCUUCUUGUCGAUACUGUACUCGAAUGCUGGAUCAGUUUUGAUCAAGAUCCUGAGUUAUUCAGUUAUAUUAUUCUCUCUUAUAGUCAAUUUCAAUGGAUUGAUGAAUUGGUUUUGAUAAAACUUGAAAAUUUACUUCGAAGAAAAUUACAAGAAAAAUCAAUUUUACGACGUCUUCUAAAACAAAUCACGAAUUAUUCAGUAAAACUUAUUUUAGCAAAAAAAUUACAAGGAUCUAUGGAUAUAUCUAUUGAUGAAGAGCUUUUCUCUGCUCUGCUCAAUUUAUUACCAUAUAUUACAGAUGAUACAAGUUUUCUAGAACAAUUGAAUUUAUCUGAAUGGUCAAUAGCAUUGAAGAAAAGUUAUUGGCAGCACGGUCUAACUAAUGGUAGGCUGAAAUUUGCGGAUGAAAAUUUAGAACAAUGUUCUUUUUAUCUGGUUAAACUUGAAAGUUUGUAUCAGAGUGAACUUGUUCAACAUCUUGUUAAUGAACUAAAGCAAACAAUACAUUUCUCUGCAAAAACUUUGCUCACUUUUGUGCAUCGAUUUUAUGCUGAAGAUACCGAACUAUCUUCGGAUAUUCUCGAUGACUUUGGCAUUCUCAAUUCAAAUUUAUCUGAAUUAUAUCCAGAACCAGAAAAGACAUACUCUAGCCAGCAAUUACUUCAACAAUGUCGACAAAAUUUAGCAUGUGAUUCGAAAACAUAUAAACAUGUUGAAAGUCUUAUGACUAAAUUAGGUCUUUUAACAUCCGAAGAUCGUAACAUUGAAGGAUUGACAGAAGUGAUUCUAAAGUCACCGCAUCACACCGGAGUUACUAAACAUCUUUUAAAGAUCAAAGAUCUAUUAAGAAAAAUAGAAAAUGGUGAAAAUCUCAUUUUAAAAAAUGCGGUAGAAUACACCAAUCGGUACCAUUCUUCUGAUGAUGAUCAUGAUUAUCGUCCACCACCAUUAGUAUAUGACACAUGUUGUGAUGAUGAAGCAAGUUUAAAAAGAAUAGUUUUUGCAAUACGAACAGAAACAAAAAAAAUCAAGAACAUGGAAAAUCGUCAUUUUUAUAUGCUUGAUAUUGUUAAUCGAGGAAUAAAAUUAAAACGUGGAUUUUCUCUUAGAGAUACACAAAAAUUAGUAGUGUUGUUGACAUUAAUGAAUGAAAAUAACUUAUUGGCACAAGUAGCAACUGGUGAAGGCAAAACAUUAAUCAUUACAACACUAAGUAUAAUAAAAUGUCUCUAUGGUGAGAAGUUAGAUAUUGUUACGAGUUGUUCGGUAUUAGCAAAACGUGAUGCUGAAUCCGAACCGCCAAAAGGCAACAUAGAUCUAUAUACAUUGUUUGAUGUACGUGUUGGACAUAUUUGUAGCGAAGAUAUUGAUCAAAGAAUAGAAGUUUUUAAUAAUUGUGACGUAAUUUAUGGUGAUUUAUCGAGUUUUCAACGUGAUUAUUUAUUAGAUCGUUUUUACGGAAAGAAUAUUCUAGGUACACGUACUUUUGAAAAUGUUAUUGUUGAUGAAGUCGAUAGUAUGCUUUUGGACAACGGCAAUAAUAUGCUCUAUUUAUCACAUGACAUUCCAAAUAUGGACAAGUUGCAGUCUCUGUAUGUUUUUCUUUGGCGAAGUGUGAAUCGACCAAUUAAAUCUAUGGAAGAUUUGGAAAGAUUCUAUGACAAUUCUAUAAUCAAACAAUCAGUUAUUGCAGAUCUGUACGGUAUGGUAAUGCGUGAUGAAGUUGAUGACGACGUUUGGAAAAUAUUAAUUGAUUUGAAAACAAUCGGUGAAGAUGGUCGUCUUCUUAUCAAAUUAAAAGAUUACUCUAAACAUGUCAAACAAUUUAAAUCUCUGAAAGAGAAAACUAUGCAUCGACUAAUUUUUCUACUGAAUAACAUUGCAGCACGUCAACGAUUCAUCAAAAUACCAGAAGAUUUAUAUGAUUUUGUUGAACGACAUUUGGAUAAGUUUAUUGACAAUGCUAAAAAUGCAUUGUUCAUGAGUGAAGGUGUAGAUUAUGUAGUCGAUGUUGAUCGAACUGGAUUGGAUCCAGAUCUCAAUCCAAAAAUUAUUAUUAUUGACAAAAAUACUGGAACUGAUCAGAGUAGUUCACAAUGGCAUGAAGCUUUGCAUCAAUUACUACAAAUUAAACAUGGUUGUAAAUUAUCAUUAAUGAGUUUAAAAGCUGUUUUCAUCUCGAAUGUAUCAUAUUUAAAGUUAUAUCGAAAUCUAUACGGACUUUCUGGUACUCUUGGCUCCACACAAGAGAAAAAAUUACUUAAUGAACUUUACAACGUCGAUUUGACUAAAAUUUCUACUUCAAAACCGAAAAAUUUUUUCGAAGAACGACCUAUGAUUUCUGGUUACAAGAAUGAAUGGAUAAAUAGCAUUUACACUGAAACAAAAAAGAAAAUUCUCAAACAACGUUCUGUACUAAUCAUUGGCGAAACAAUCAAAGAUGUUGAUUAUAUAACAAAACAUUUUAUAAAAUGUGCUAGUGAUGAAGCAAAUAAUGACUCAAACAAUAAAAUUUAUGAUAGUUUAAAAGCGCCCUACGUUUAUAAGCGAGAGCAUGAAGAAUUCACAUUCGGACAAGGAAAUGCCUUCUUAAAGUGUGGUAAAGUCAUUGUGGCAACAAACUUGGCUGGUCGUGGUACUGAUAUAAAACUUGAGAAAGAAUUAGUUGAAGCCGGUGGACUACAUGUAAUUGUCACUUUUUUACCAGGCAAUUGUCGCAUUGAAGAACAAGCAUAUGGUCGAGCAGCUAGAUGUGGCGAAGAAGGAUCUGGACAGUUGAUUGUAAUUGGUAAAAAAGAAGAUGGUGGAUCGUAUAGUUCAAAGAUUUUUCAGCUAAAAGAUGCACGAGAUGUUGAUGAAUUACAACGGUUGAAAAUGGUCACGAAGUUUUAUGAUGAAAGAAUUACAAUUGAAGAAGAUUGCUUCAAGGAAUUCAAAGAACAUUAUGAAAAUCUUCGUCAACAACUGGAAACAUCGGAUGAAACAAAGGAUAUUAAAAAACUCUUACUAGACAGUUUUCUUGACAAAUGGGCAUUUUGGUUAGAUGAGAAUUCUCAAUUGAUUGAAGAUCAAGCCAAUGAUUCUUCAAAAAAAGAAUUACUUUUUACUAAACUUAAAAAAUUUCUUCAAACGAUCUCUCUCAAAUUCAACACAUGGUUAGAUAGUCCAAGUCAACUUUUGAAAUUAGGCAUUCACUAUUUAAAAAAUAAACAAUAUGAUAAAGCUAAAAGUUAUUUUGAAAAAAUUCUUUCCAAUCAUUCAUAUUAUUUAGCAGAAGCUCUUUAUUAUUCAUCUGCCAUUACUAUAAAACAAGCAAAUCGUGCGCUUUUAAAAAAAUCUGGAUCUGAGUUUCGAAAACUCAAAAGUGAUCUCACGAAAGCAAAAGAAUUAUUCGAAGAAAGAAUACAUGAUUGUUCAAAUGAUCAAGCAAUUAUUGAAUCAUUCAAAAAGAAAGAAUCAAAUAUAUCAAUUUAUAUUGAAGCAUUUAGUGAUCAACAGAAAAGCAUUUCACAAAUCUAUAAUCUUUUUAUCAAUAGCAUUAAUGAUAUCUUAGGACAUCCAGUUUCAUAUAAUGCACUUGUUAAUUUUGAACUAAAUGAAAUUCUUGCUUACGAUACAUUUAUUGAGCUGCAAAGGCAAAGUAUUCUAACUAAAUCGAAAUGUACCGGAACUUAUUCGGAGGAUAUUUUAACAAAUAUUGCAAUCGAAUAUGGUAUUUCAACAGAAACACUGAAAAAUUUGUGUGAUGAACUAUGUAAAAAUGGUGAUAUAGUUACUGAUCAAGCGAUUGCUAAAGGUGUUCAACUACCAAGUAUAGAAGAAUUUUGGUCAUUUUUAAAAGAAUUUAGAAUUCUUACCGAUGAAAUCGAAUUUGUUGUUGUGAACAAAGAAAAACUUUCAUUGAUUCAAUCUACAACAAUCACCACGUUAGUUCAAAGUAAUGAAAUCAAAAUAGAUUUGAACAAAUUAAAAUCAACAGAACUGUUUCAAUAUCCAACGGGAACACCAGAAGAAAACAUCUUUUGUUCAAAAAUGUUAUAUGAAAAAUUAAACAUAUCCGAAAAAACUUAUUUAGAAAAACGAGGUAUUUGCUCGAUCAAUAGAAAAGUAAAGAUCAACUUUGAACAAAUUAAAAAUGAACAUAAAUUCACAAAGUUUGAUUCAUUAACAUUAUCAGAUUUUACAGCUGUAAAAAUUUUGACUGAUGAUGGAAUAAUGAUUUUAGAAACUCUUAGUCAAGAAAAUGUUGGUGUUUUACAAGAAACAAGUAGUGGAAGAUAUAAAUUAAAAAAUCACAUAGAUUGCUCGUCGCUACCAUCAUGUUAUCAAGAUGUUGUUGCGGCAAUUUUGAAUUCUAAAUUUGCCUAUCGAUUAGCCUAUAAACAUUUACAAGAACAUUUCGAAGAGAUCCAGCACAAUUCAGAAGCUGCAUCAAACUCAAGAUUUCAAAUUCAAUUAGUCUCAAAUCCUUAUCAAAGACUCUUAUUUGAUUUAAUGGAUAAAUCUAUAAUUGAAGAUACUCAUGUUGAUUAUGAAAAAUUAAAAUAUACUGACUUAAAAGAAAUUUUCGACAAUUUUACAUUGAGCUAUGCACAAAAAUUUGAAAAUUUGAAAACAACAGAAAACGUUGAUUUUAUCAAGAAAACACUCAAUCAACUUUCGUGUGGAAUUGAAAAACUUGAAACACCGGAUUGUUCUUUCACGAGUGUGGAAGGUGCAUUGAAAGCACAAAAAACUUUAUCAAUUGUCGAAGCGUCAUGGUUUUCACUCAAUGGUAUGGAAGAUUUAAUUGUUUUACAAGAACAAGCCUAUUCGUGGUACUUUUGGAGAAAUGUUUUCAUUGUUACUAGUUUAGCAUUAGCACAAAUUAUUGUUGGUGCAUUAAUUGAAAUCUGGACAGUCGGAGUAGGAACUUACGCUGCAUCAUUCUUUAUCAAUGAAGGAAUUAGUGAUUUAUUUUUUGUUAGUGGAUGUUUAUGGAAUGGUCAUAUGACAAUGUCGAGUUAUUGGGAACACAAAAAAUGGAGCAUGGCAAUGACGGCUGUGACGUGUGGUAUUGGAGCUUACUUAUCACGUGGUACGAAACUUUCAAGAAUUGGGUAUAAAGUUGCAGGUCCAGUUCGUGAAGAAGGUGGUAAAAAAGUUGCACAAAUGGUCGGCAAAGAGCUUGCCCAACAUGUUACUAAAGAAACAAUUGCGAAAGAGACACUGAAACGAGUUGGUUGCAAACUAAUUGAAGGAGCAGCCUACGGUCUUGCUCAAGGUGCUGUUGAUCAUGUAAGUUUUUGAAUUUGUUUAUAUAUUUAUUUUCUGAUAAACUCAGCUCCGCUUUUAUCCUAAUUUAUGUAAAAUUUCACGAAAUAGUUUUCUACACUUAAUUUUAGCUUAUGUUAAUUUCUAUCACCACUAAAUAUUCAUUUAGAUGAGUGAGAAGUGUCUUAUGCACUUUAUUAUAUCAUUUUUUUGCUUCAAGCAAUUUUAAAAUGAUGGUAUUGCAUUAGAUGAAUUUGACUUUUUAAAGUAUAUGUCAUUUGAUCCUAUAAUAACAAUUUUUGAUUAUCAAAGUUUUUAUUAUCGUCAUAGUCAUAGUGUAAUAAUACUAAAAAUAGAUCCAGUGAAUACAAUACAAAUUUCAAAGACUUUUAUUAUUUGCUUAUAGAUCGUGACUAACCACUUACAUGGACUUUGCAAUGCGAUUCAGAAAACAGUGGCCGCAGAUCUUGACGAACUCUUUCAAACCGAUAAACUUAAUCGAACUGUACUUGAAGCUUUCAACACAAUGGGCGAAACUCAAGC